AACAGGAAAUAUAAACUGAAGAUAAGGGGUGAAAUAAAGUGUUUAUUUAGUCGCUUGAUAUUUACCUUGUCAAUAAAUGGGGAGUGGUGUAUAGUGAGAUGAGCGGGAUAAAAAUGUAAAUUACAGGGUCAUACUUUUUUUUUUAAAUCUCAAUGAAUCUAUAUCAGUUACGGAAGCCAUUUUGUUUCUGAGGGAUUUUCCGAUAGAAGAAAUUUCCCGAUAGAUACAGGAUUUAGUGUGUUGUUGCGUUUUAAGAAAUGGAUGUUAACAAUGACAGGAUGUUGAUAUAUUGUCACAGGUGAAAUUCAAGAAAAGCAAGUAGUUUUUGGAGGAAGAACGACAUCAUAUCAUAAAGUACAGUCAUUACCAUAGCAACAUACAACAGUCAUCACCAUAGAAACCAUAAAGGAUAAUAUUGAUUAAGAAACCCAUGUAACCUGUGAUUGUGUAAAACAAGUGGAUUUAUUUGUGAUCAAUUUUACAAAGUUUUUUAUUAUUAAGUGUUGAAAGUUUUUAUGAUAUUUGUUUGUGAAAGUUUACCCUAAGUCUUUCAGAGUUAUUUUCUACAAAGAAAGUUACUUUUUACAUAAAAGUUAAGUCCUAUUAAAUUGUUAUGGCCAUGGUGAACAAUGCAGUGGUGAACUUAGCUGGUGUAAGCCAAAUGGGCACCAUGCUCCCAAAUAAUGUUAAAGACUCACGAUGGUUGACGUUAGAAGUUUGCCGUGAGUUCCAGCGGAACAAAUGUACACGACCAGACACAGAAUGCAAGUUCGCUCACCCACCACCACAUGUUGAGGUUCAAAAUGGCAGAGUCACAGCCUGCUUUGACUCAAUAAAGGGCAAAUGUCAGAGGAAAGAUCCUCCCUGUAAAUAUCUUCACCCACCACAACAUUUGAGGGAACAGUUAUUACAGAAUGGAAGAAAUAAUUUAAUUCUAAAAAACCUACAAAUGCAAGCUGCAAUGCAACCAAUAAUGUAUAGUCCAGCUGGGAUGGCAGCAGGCAGUAAACCUUUGGCACCUUACCACACCAUACUACAGGGCCAGACUUUACCUUUUUUGCAACCACAGUAUGUAGGUCAGCCGAUGGCACAGCCACAGUCAGCCAUGCAGUUUAAUCCUUAUUCAGUCGGAGUAUGUGCUAUCCCAACUAGUAUGGCAUCUGACGGAAGUUUAAUAUCUCAACAGUUACAAAACGUCAUUCCAACCCCUAUUACAACGUUAGCAUCACAACAGAAGUUACAACGGGCAGAUCGGCUUGAGGUAUGUCGAGAAUUUCAAAGGGGAACAUGCACACGACAACCAAACGAGUGUCGUUAUGCACAUCCUCCGGAAAAUGUAACAGUAGACACGACUGACAACUUGGUUACAGUGUGUAUGGAUCACGUUAAGGGAAAGUGUACACGGGAAUCGUGUAAAUAUUUCCAUCCUCCUUCGCACCUGCAGGCUCAGAUAAAAGCUGCUCAGCAACGAGCUAACACAGCUGCUGUGCAAACUCAAGCUCUGCCGCAAGUUGUAGAGGUCAUUCAAGGGAAGAAGCGACCUCGAGACCCAACUGAUGAUCUUGUUCUGCAAAACUCCAUGCCUACGAUGAUUCCAUACAAGAGAGUAGCGAUCGCUGAUGGAAAGAGUCCAGUACCUACCAUGUAUCAACAACCUAUGAAUAUUGCAGCGUACCAGCAGGCUAUAGCAGCCAUGCAAGGACAACAGUACUUUCCACUAGCUUACAGCAAAGCUGGUCCAAUGAAUGGAGCACAGAUUUACCAGCCUACUUUCUCCACUAUGCAGAUGCAACAGGCUCCAGUAACAAUGCCACUGGUAGUAAACCCUGCUGAAGCUGGCGCCGCCCUGGUGACAGCCCCUGCGACCUUGAUACCUACUAACGCACAAAGCGUAAAUUACUUUGACCAGAAUGGACAGUUACUGGACAGCCUCCCAGCAUGCCGAGAUUUUAGGUUAGGCCAAUGUCAAAGGCCAACAUGCAAGUAUGUGCAUGUACUUGAAGAAUAUGUUGAAGUUGGUGAUGGAAAAGUUACAGUCUGUCGUGAUUCUGUCAGAGGAAAAUGCACACGACCCAUGUGCAAAUAUUAUCAUAUUCCUGUAGAACUUCCACCUGCAAAAUGACAGUGAAAGUUUCUUCCAAACAUCUAAGUGAUGUCCAAUCUGUCUUUAUUAUGUUUUAAUUGACUAUGAUUCCUGCCAUUGGAUAAAGAGUUGAAUUGACUUGUUAUACAUUUUAACACAAGUGGCCAUUUCAUUAGAAAGGUGCUAUUUAGAUAAUUCUUUAUUGUUUGUCUCCGGUGACACACAAGUUAAUGGUUGCCAUAUUAUUUUCAGACACAUUCAACUACUUUGCCAAUGCUGAAUUAAAAUAAUUUUCCCGUGAUGUAUGGAAAUAGUAAUUAACAUAUUUGUUCAACUGUGCCAUGUUUAGUUCUCCACACACGUACACAAUUUUGCUCAAACCUUCUAUACAGUUUGAUAAUGUGUUCAGUAAGAUCUAUCGGCUUGCAAGCCUUAGCUAAUUCAUACUACGCAAGUUUUUUAUAACAAGUAAGGGUUAGUUACGCAUCUCUACACAAUUGUUACAUAGCCAUGCAGGAUAAUAUAAAUAGAAAAAUAUUCAGUCACCAUUGUUUGGCUAUAAAAAAAUAAGUUUGUGUGUUAAACAUUUCAAGACUGGGUUUUAUGUUCUUAACACAUGUAAAGAAGGGAUAAAAUCAAUAAACCCACAUUGAAGAAAUAAACAAAUUUACAUAAAUUGUACAAAACUAUUAUAACCAUAUUUGUAACAAACAAUGGUGAGUGACCUACUUUUUUAUCUAAUGUGCGAUAGUGAGCUAAUUUAUCAAGGAAAGUCCAAUGCUUCAACAUAUGUCUUCAUCACAAACUGCUAGCAAAUUUCUGCUAUCAGCUUUGUGUUAUUAUUUUUCUACUUUGUUAAUGAGUUACUUUAGUUUGAAUAUUUUGACCUUCACAUCUCUAUUUUAGAACAAUAGACUAGUUCUACAUGGAAUAGUUCAUUGUUUUAAAAUAAAGAUUGGAGAAUUGUUGUAAAUUAUAUUUUUUGAUGAAAAUGGUGCAAUCAUAAAAAUGCACAUUAAAAUAAAGUCAUUUAACAUUACCAACCCUUAAAAUAUAACAAUAUCCAGUUUGUUACAUUCAGACUUAAUUGAUUUUGAUAGCUUGUAAGCAAUCAAAGGACUUUGAAAGGCAUAUAUUCAGUCAAACCUUAUAUCCAGUUUACCUACACGCUGAUAAUUUCUAUGAAAUUCCCUCCCAUCUGUACGUAAAAAGGAAGUUACUAUUUUGUUUUUGAUAGAUUGAUUAUUUGUUUUAUUUUUGACGCUGUUCUGUUAAAUGACUUUAUUGUGUUAUUAUUUGAUAUGAACAAGUUUUGUUUGAAUGUUUUUAAUGAAAUGUGCCAUAUAAUGAAAUGUUUUUUGGUCCUCGUGUGACUUACAACCUACAACCAAUUUCAACCAUUUUUCUGACUUCUUUACAAUAUUUUAUUUUUGUGUUUUGUGGUGGUAGACAUGUACAAUGUAUAGUGCUAAUUUCUAAAGGUGUAAAUAUAUUCAUUACGAGUUGUACAGUGUAUCUUCCUUUUAUUUUAUACAGAUACAAAAAUUAUUUCUAAACACAAGUCUUUUUAUAAGUAAUUUAUUAAUGCCUACGAUGAUGUUAUUUACUACAAAGUGAUUUUAAUGAAUCUUCUAUAUUUUCUUAAGAAUUCAUACACAAUUUAGGAUUUUAAUAUUUGGAUUUUAGCUUUGUACUUCUUAUUGUAAAAAUUUACUAGUUUAGAAAAAGAAACUAAUUUUAUAAAGAUGCUUGAAAGCUUCUCUUUCAUAGUAAAUUUUCUAUGCAAAAUUAGCAAACUGUAGGUUUGUUCAUUGGUGAACAAUAAGUUUAUUUUUAUCCCCUCCCAAAUGAAAAAAAAAGACAAGUUCCAUUCUUUUUGUUAUCUUUAUGCCAAAUUAUCUAAUUAAUUUUGGUCGAAAAUUUAUUUAAAGAAAAUAUUGUUACUUAUUUCCUGUAAUGGAUAAAUUUUGUCUCAGUCAUUUUCCCCCCAAAAUAUUGUCUCUAGCAAAAAAGAAUUAUUUCAAGUUUUUUGAGUGUUGUCCAUUUGUUAACUUUUUAAAAUCUAUUUGCAUAUACUUUCUUAGGAAUAUAUAGUGCUGUACUUGCUGAAAAUUUUCUGAUGACUUUUUUUAUAUCGAAGUGCCAUAAAUAUGUCUUAGUCUUCAGUUCUAUGAACAUUUACAAAAAUAUGUCUAUUUAAAGUGGUUUUUUUUAGUUUGCCAAAUCUUAUAUUUAAAUCAUGAUCUCUUAUUAAAGGUAUCUCUAGAAAAUGAAAUGAAGAAAAUAGAAAUGUUUAAGAAGUUCAAAAUAGUUACAUCAAAUUUUCCAGUAAAUUGUAAACUUAAUAUUUUAUUAAAAAUUUAUUGAAACUUAUAUUUUUUAUUUCCAAUUUUUUAGAAUUUUAAAUAUACUGCAAUUAUUUAAAAAAAAAAUCAUUUUAUUUUGAAAUGAUUAUUUUUUUUCUCAUCUAUUUCAUUGAUGCCAUAUCAACUUGUUACUUUCUCAAUUGUUUACAUGACAAACUGUUAAAAUUAUUUGUGAUAUUAUAAUGUUAGUGUGUAGUUUUAGUCAUUUGUUAACAGUGGUUUUAAUAAGUGUCAUCUUUUUUUCAUUAUUUUUAAAUCCAAUCUCUGCUAUUUUUUUUAAAUAUUAAAUGAGACAUAACACAGUUAACAUUAAAACCAAAGUCUUUCUACCCCUAUACUACGCAAGUUAACUAAUGUGUUCUGUCUUUUAGUUGGUGCUUUGUUACAAAUUUUUCAUUUCUAUUUUAUUUUUGUCUUUGUUAGAUGCAUUUAAAAUGUGUCUUUACAAUUUAAUUUGCCAGAAGAACACCCAUGUUUCAAAAGAUUAUAAUAUGAUUUCAAUUUUGAAAAUAAGAAAAUUAAUAAAUUGAUAAUGCAGUUUUAAUUUCAUACAAAAAAUUACUUUUGAAUAAUUUGAUAGAAAUUUUGAUUUAAAAAUGAAUUUAAAACAUUAAAAUUAAAACUGCAUGUUUAAAGUAAGAACAGCCUUGAAAUAAGUUGUGUCUCUCCUACCAGCAUAUUUUUAAAUUUUUAUUUUUUUUAUUCCCAAGCAGAGAUUGGAUAUUUCAUUUGUAUAAAACAAACUUGUUGAAUGAUCACAUUAUAUUAGUCUAAAACGCUGUGUGUUAAACACGCAGCAGGGAAUGUGUUCUUUGUUGUAUGAAUGUUACCAUAAUUAUUAUGACAUGUAUAUAUAUUUUUUGAUUACUCCAAUUCAUGCAUUGAUUAUAUGGAUAGAAAAAAAAGGAACAUCAAAUGUUCUCUUUCAAGAUAUUUUGGUGUAAAAUUAUAGAGAUUUUGUCUUGGGCAAAGUUUUUUAUAUAAGAAAUCCGAGAAGUCUAAGCUUGCAUACCAGUAGUGUGAAACAAUUAACGGUAUGAACCAUUAUAAAUGUAAAUGGCUUUGUUUGCUUAAGUGUGAACAAUUGAGGUGCGAUUAUCUAUGUUGGAACAAGAUUGAAAUGAAUUGUGUAUAAUUUUUUCAAAAUUCAAAUUUUUAGAAAUAAAGAUUUAAAGUGUUUGAUUUGUACAGCAAAAUCACAAAAAAAUUAGAAUAAAUUAAUAUUAUUGCAGGAAUUAUUGUAAACAUAAUUGUUCCUGUCAAAAUUUGUUCUUGCAUAGAUAAAAUCUCAAUUGUUCAAAGAACUGUCAAACAGUUCUCUCAGCAAGUGCCCAUCAGUAUAUUUAGCAGCUGCUUCUGAAAAUGAAAUUUUAAUUGUGUGUUGUAAUAGUUGGUCAUCCAAUCAGAUUUGCUGUUUCAAAACGAAAAGAAUUGAAGCAGUCUGAAAGAUGGCAGGCCAUUGGAUUUUAGAAUUACAUCUAGGUGGAUAAAUCUGAUUGGAUUGUCAAUAGCUAACUAAAAUUGAUUCAAAGAAUGUGAAAAUAUCUUGGAAGAAUUAUCAAUACUUGUUGUUAGGAAUAAUUAUUCACGGCUUGAUUUUUAACAACUUAAAUGGUAAAUUAUGCAUGCCUUGUAGUUCAUAUCAGCAGCCAUCAUAUUAUAUAUCUUUGUCAGCCGGUGAUGGUUUUAUUUGAACUCACAAAAACAACAUCAUUUAUUAUUUACAUAAUGAUUUUGUGCUAAUUUUGCACAGAUCCACUUACAGAGCUAUAACAUGUAGAAUUGCUUAAGCUUAUUUGCUAUAAAUGCGUCCAUAAGGACAUCAUGUUGCUUACAGUGUGUUGUUUGCUUUAGCUUGUAAAGGACUCUGAAAGAGAAGCAUAAAUAAAUAUAUGAUUUAGAAUAUAACCAUUAUACAUACUAGUAAACUGUGUUGUGCUCUUUUUCUGCAUGAUCUCACUUCCUUUGUCCUUUUGCAGUGAGCUCCGGCUCAAGGUUUUAGAGUGUUCUUAUAUUUACACCUAGCAAGAAUUUCCAGCAGACACAUCAUCUUUAGAUGUAUUGUGUCAAUAUAUGCCUUUAAAGCAGCAGUCUUGGUAUUCGAACAAAAGGCAUAUGUAGUGAUAACUAACUGCCUUUAAUAUAGAGUUUUUUUUCAAUGAAAUAUAAUGUUUGUAUGCAGAAUUUACCCUGGCAAUUUAAAACGCUGCUAAAUAUUGGAAAACAGUCACUUUUUAAACCAACUUUAUUCAAAGCCAGCCAUAUUUUAUAUCUCUGGAUUAAAAUUAAAAUGAAACAACCAAUGGCAAGAACAUUUGUUCAAACAACGAUGUUACCUUGUUUGAAACAUGAUUGAAAAUUAUCAAAAAUAACAUAAAAACAAAAGAUUCUAUGAUAAAGCAUUGGUUUCGCUUUGAUAGGCAUUUAAGAAUAUGUGUUCAAGUUAAUAGAAAAAAGGAAUAUAUUUAUAUAUAUUUAUGGCCUGGCCCACAGACCAACACCAGAUAUGCAUUUAUAUAAUGCCUUUUGUUUGAAUACCAUCAGUUCUUUUCUCUGUUCAUUAACUUAGAAUGUGGAAAGCUUUGGAACAAAUGGUGUAGAUUUCCUGUUUAAAACAGUAGCUGGUGCAAUGUGUGUGUCGGUUUGUUGGUAAUAACAUUAUUUGCAAGUCACAAUUUGAAGACACAUUGACUAAAAAUUGGUCUUCUUAGAUUUGGUGCUAAGUUUCAUGUGUGUAUUUCUACAAAUGUUCGGAAAAGACCCGGUGUCCAUGUUCAAAUUCAUAAAUUUGUAUAAUAUAUUUCCUUUUAUAAAAAGAGUCAUAAUAAAAUUUAGUUCGCACAUUAGUUACAGAUAGUCUUUGGACAGAUUGUAUGCUGGAUAAAUCCAGUGUUUCCCUUCUUUACUGAAGGUAAAGUAGCCCCAAGACCCCUGAGCUACAAGUUUCUACGAACAGUACAGAGUAAUAUUGCACUGUGAAAGGAAAGUUUGCGGUGGCACUUAGAAGGUACUUUGGGAAAUGCUUAUUUUUUUUCUUGUAACUUGCUGCUGGCGCGCAGAAAAGCUUUUAAAGAUUUGCUUUUAAUACCAGCUAUGUAUUACAUGCAUUUAUGUUAAAACAUUUUGCUCACUCUCAAUUGAUACUUCUGGCAGUGUCGCCUAAAUUAAUCUUGCCAAGUUUAUAAUCACGUGUUCAUCAGUAGAGGGCCCACCGAUUAGCUUGUAGUGGUGCUAUUUUAUUGGUUCAGUAGCUUAAAGAUAUUUUGUAAAAAUCUUCAAUAUUCCAAAAUGAUCUCAGAAGUUUUAUAUCUUUAUUUGUUUAGUUGAAUCUCUAUGUUUUUAUGUUCAGUUCCCAAAAUAUUUCCUGGGUGCCAACGGAGGAAGAAAAUUUGUGAAUAUCUACAGUCUGGAGGCUAGCAAACAAGGACAAUGCCACGCUUAAAAGGCUUACACCUGCAACCAAUCAAAUGUAGGAUUGGCAAUUAGCCCUGGAUAGUUGAAUGUUUACCCAGCAUGCAUUUCAGUAGGUUGCACUUGACAUGCUGGCACCUUUCUGUUGUAGAUGUUUUUGUAAGACCAAAGACGUGUCUUCCAGUGUACUUGUCAAAGACCCGAGUCAGACUCGGUAUUUUUUCGUUGUUAAUUUAUCUGAAUCAUUGUUUAUGAUUUUUGUUAAGAUUAUUGUGUACAUAAUUAUUUUGGUUAAUGGAUAUCUUUUUUUAAUUAAACCAAAACGGUAGUGAUUAAUUUUUCACUUUUCAUUUUUUUUCACGGAAGAUUUUCCAAAUCGUCACCAAGUGAUGUACAAAUUUAAUCGUUCUUAAUAUAUAAAAUUUAAAGUGAUUUAAA